AUGAGCAGUCAGGAAUGCUUCAAGUGUGGACCCUCUGGCCAUUGGACUCGGGUAUGCCGUAAAAGAGGAGGGGCUCGAGGGCACAGAGGUAGAGGCCGUGGCAGAGGUUAUCCGUGCGGUUCCACCACCCUACCUGACAUCUGCUACCGCUGCGGUGAGUCCGGUCAUCAUGCUAAGAACUGUGACCUUCUCGAGGACAUCUGCUACAACUGUGGGAAAGGUGGCCACAUCGCCAAAGAUUGUAUCGAGCCUAAGCGAGAGAGAGAACAGUGCUGUUGUUACACCUGCGGCAGACCAGGCCAUCUGGCUCGUGAUUGUGACCUUCAGAAAGAGCAGAAGUGCUACUGUUGCGGCGAAUAUGGACACAUUCAGAAAGACUGCACCCAAGUCAAGUGUUAUCGGUGUGGUGAGACUGGCCAUGUGGCCAUCAACUGCAGCAAGACAAGCGAGAUCAACUGCUACCGCUGUGGCGAGUCCGGGCAUCUAGCCCGGGAAUGCCCCAUUGAGGCUACCGCUUAAUUUUUCCUCCUCCCCCCCUCCUUUUUCUGAUUGAUAACUGUAUUAUUUUCUCUGAAACCUCUUCACUGACCAAGGGUUAAUAGGUGGAGGCUACUCCCAGGCCAGUGAGCUUUAAUUAUCAUGUAAAAGGAGGAAAGGGCUGAAAAAAAAUCUAAAAAAAAAAAAAAAGUUAUUCACUUGUAGAUGUCUUAUAAUUAAUAUGAUGUUUCCGCAUUGCUGGUGAAUCAGGUUAUUUGAACAGUGUUCUGAGAAUUUGGCAAUUUCUGGGUUCUUCGGAUGUAUUUUGAUUUAACACUUUUAAUUAAGAGCUGGGAAUACAUCAGCAAACAAAUCAGACCAAGUUUGGUAACACAGGCCUACAACAUAUUAACAUAUUAACGAGUAAAAUACGUAGUGUGUCAGAUGAAGGCAAAUUG